AUGUCCACUGUCAGACGUGGCAAAGCCAUGCCAACCGACGGCCCAACGGCCAAGUUUCUGUAUACCAUUAUCAAACAGCUGGACCUGAAAUGCAUCGAUUGGAAUUUGGUUGCAUCGCAGCUCGAAAUUUCUAAUGGCCACGCCGCUCGCAUGCGCUACUCACGGUUCCGACAGCAAAUGGAGGGCAUCACGUCCACGCCCCGGUCUUCCCGAACCAAAAAGGCAGCAACAAAAUCGACAAAAGCAGGAGCAAGCGCUGGAAAAGGAGAAAUGCAAAAGGAGAUAUCUCCACCGCCUACGCAGAUGGUGAAGCAAGAGUCGGGCAUGGGCAAUAUUUGCCAACCAAGCCCUUACAUCAAGACCGAACCCUACAGCCUGCCAAUCCGAAGCAUGGCCGAUAUCCCUCAUAUUGGGUCUCUUGCUGCGCCCAAUCCACAUUCCCAGCAAUCUGGGUCUUCAUACCCCCAGAUAACGACCCUCCAUGCAGACAUGGUUCCCUAUACGCCGAUUGCUACCUUCCAGGAACCGUCGGCUGGAUAUCAACAUGCCAGCAGCUCUCACAUGGCUUGGACACCCAUAAAAAAUGAGCCCCAGCCUGAUACACAUGAACAUGGUG